AUGAUCGCAACUGGUGUUUGCGGCGUGGCGCUGGUUCUGGUGCUGGUGGUGCUGAUUCCGGUCAUGGUGAACUCUGCCGGAACUCCUGCACGCUAUGAGAUGCUCGGAUCUUGUCAGAUGGUGUGCGAUUCCCAUGGGACCGCGACGGCAGCCACGGCGAAAGCGACCCACCCGAACAAAGACAACCGCCUGGUGCAGUCGCUGCCGACUUUCAUCCAGGGUCCCCAGGGAGAGCCGGGGCGUGUCGGGAGGAUGGGCCCCAGGGGUCCGGUUGGUGAGCCGGGGCCACCAGGACCGACGGGUCCACCCGGAGAGAGAGGAGCACCUGGACCACCAGGUCCACCUGGGCUACCAGGAGCGAAUGGACCAACCGGUGCCAUCAGCGCAGCCACUUACAACACGGUGCCAAAGAUAGCGUUUUACGCCGGGCUGAAGAAGCAGCAUGAGGGCUAUGAAGUUUUAAAAUUUGACGACGUGGUCACAAAUCUCGGCAACCACUACGACCCAUCAACCGGGAAAUUCACCUGUUCCAUACCAGGAAUUUACUUUUUCGUUUACCAUGUGCUGAUGCGAGGCGGGGAUGGAACAAGCAUGUGGGCUGACCUCUGCAAAAACAACCAGGUGAGAGCUAGCGCCAUCGCACAGGACGCGGAUCAAAACUACGACUAUGCCAGCAACAGCGUCGUCCUCCACCUGGAACCCGGGGAUGAGAUUUACAUCAAGCUGGACGGAGGGAAGGCGCACGGCGGCAACAACAACAAGUACAGCACCUUCUCCGGCUUCAUGCUGUAUGCUGACUGAAACAGGCUGGAGGAACUGGGUCCGACUCUCUACAUAUAAGCUUGCUUUCACAGCUCCUGCUCAGUCCACCCGGGAUAUCAGAGACAGAAAGAGCUCACCGUUUCUGUUGAACAUCAUUCCAAGAGAUUUGCAGGAAGUCUCAUGCAAAAAGAAACUCUACUUUGCAGCAGUGAGGAGCUGAGAGUGUAAUAACUCCAGUUUUCAUUUUGUACAGCAAAGUCAGGUUGAUGUUUUGUUGCUUGUGCGCUCUCAAUGAACUGUUAUAGGCUUUACAAAUUAACUAACUGUAGUUGCUGUGGUAAAUUGGAAGUUUCAAGUGUCUACAUUUAGCACUUACUCACAGAUGCUUAUUAUAUAUCCACAUAACCACUACUCACUUCAGUGUUCGUCGAUUUAUGUGCUUUCUUCACCAAAAAGAAAAAAAAAGUCCAAGUCACUGGAUUUUGGGCAAAGAUGUUAAAAGUCGUGAUGCAUGUUUAUAAGACGUUGACAUUUUAACACUGUGCAGCAUCUUAUGAUGUGAUGUUUAUGAAGCACAAGUAUAUUGGCAAAAUGAUCAGUGCAAGUCAUUUUUCAUGUGUGUGUGUCAAACAUGGCAUCUGGUUUGAGCAGCAGGGUAGCCUGUUUAGUCACCAAAACUGGACAGCAACACUGACAUAUCUUUUCUAAAACUCUGAAACGUUCACCAAUCUGCUUACUGAACUUUAUGCUUUCCCUGAUCAGAAACAUCAGUAAAAAUGUAAAAUGAAAUCA